AUGUCCACAAAUGGGAAAAUUACAAUUAUAAGUGGAGGUACAGCCACCAAUGAGCUUGUUCCAUUAUUCAACAAAUUAUCAUCCAAUGUAAGUUAUAUUCUUCCAAUCUCGGAUAAUGGUGGUUCUACUUCCGAGAUCAUUCGUUUUAUAGGCGGUCCAGCUAUUGGAGAUAUCAGAUCUCGCUUAACUCGAUUAAUCCCUGAUCAUCAAGAAUCAUUACGGAAAUUAUUAAGUUUUAGACUUUCGUCGAAUCCACAAGUAGCUAAGAAUCAAUGGUAUGAUAUAGUAGAUGGAUCCCAUGAAUUAUGGACAAGUAUUAAUCCUGCUACUCGAGAAAUAUUCCGGGCAUUCUUUGUUCAUUUACAUGUUGAAUUAUUGAAAAGAUCAAAAUAUGGUUCAUCAAAGAAACAAUUUCGAUAUGAAUUGGCAAAUGUUGGUAAUUUGUUUUUAACGGGUGCAAGAUUAUUUAUUGGAUCACUUGAUUCAGCAAUUGAAUUAUUUUGUAGAUUGACGGAAAUAAAUUCACAAACUGAAGUAUUACCUUGUAUAAAUACAAACUUCACCUAUCAUAUAAGUGCAUUACUUGAGAAUGGAUUAAUCAUAACGGGACAAUCCCAAAUUUCUCAUCCUUCAGAAACUCAUCACCCUAGAAAUAAGGCGGUUGAUUCCAGUUAUCCUCCACCAAUUGCUCAUACUCGUCCUUCAACACCCACAGAUCAUAUGCGACGCACAAGCUAUUUCGGUACUCCUUCAAUAGACGGAGGGUUCUCGUUGGAUAUCCCCAUAAAUGAAGUCGCAAUGGAGCAAGCCAAACAUAUAGAAUCUUACGCUUCUAGUGAUGAUGAUGAUGCGGAAGAAUCGGGUAAUGUCCCUCAAUAUACUCAUCCUGAAUUAAAGAAAUCUCAAUUGCAUUUUAAUAAAUCAGAAAAUAUCGAACCUUUAUUAUCACCUAUUAAACGAAUAUUUUAUAUUUCUCCAUAUGGAGAAGAAAUAUGUCCUAUUGCUCAUGCAAAAGUGGUUUCGACAAUAAGUAGUACUGAAACUUUGAUAUAUUCAAUUGGAUCACUUAUGACUAGUAUUGUUCCCGUAAUUAUUCUCAGAGGGAUUGGAAGAGCCAUUGCAAUGGAUAGUGCAACACAAAAGAAGAAAAGAAUCUUGUUGUUGAAUGGAUGUCUUGAUAGAGAAACUUUUGGGAUGAAGGCGGUUGAUUUCGUUAGAGUGAUUGUACAGCUGGCUAUAUAUUCACAAGAUAGUUCUAAAAAAGAUGCAAUGGUUGAUGAUCUAGAUUGGGAUAAAUAUAUCACUCAUUUAGUAUUCAUGAAUGAACCUAAACUUGAAGUUGACAUAAAUUUCUUGGCUCAAAGGGGAAUAAAAUGUAUAGAAGUUAAAAAGUUGGUUGGUACUGAUUAUUUUGAUCUUGAUGAUUUGUAUUAUGUAUUAAAAGGAGUUAUAUCUAUGUAG